GGUAGCCGGCCGGCCGUGCUCCCCACCCCGCUGGAGGGCGCUGGGAAGCCGACGACGUGCCCUGCUCCCUCGGCUGCCCGACCCCUGCCCUCUCCCCAGCCCGAUCUAGGAAAGCAGGCGUCCGCCUAGGCCGCCCUGCCCGACUCCAGCCCCUGCCAUGCCCGCUCCCCGCACCUCUCGGUGCAUGAGGAAAGGGAAGUCGAGACGCAGGCCGUGUGGUGGGGUGGUAGGGGACCGGGAGCGUUCGCGGGUGCCGCGGGUAGCACGCAGUUCUCCCGCUCCGCAGCUCCGAAGACUCCUCCAGGGCGCAGCCUGCCCCUGACGGCGCCGCCUCUUUGCCUUGCAGGCCCUUCUAGGCAACCCCCCCCCCCCCGGGGCUGUCCUGGUGGCCAGGCCCGGUGUGACUCGGGUCUGACCCUCGGCCGCCCGCCACCGUCAUGAACUUUGAGGGUCUGGAUCCUGGACUGGCCGAGUUUUCCCCAGCCAUGCACUCGACCCUGGACCCGGUCCUGGAUGCCCACCUGAACCCAAAUCUGCUGCAGAAUGUGGAGCUGGACCCAGAGGGGGUGGCCUUGGAGGCCCUCCCCGUCCAGGAGUCAGUGCACAUAAUGGAAGGUGUCUACUCGGAGUUGCACAGCGUGGUGGCCGAAGUGGGAGUGCCCGUGUCCGUCUCCCACUUUGACCUACAUGAGGAGAUGCUGUGGGUGGGGAGCCAUGGGGGCCAUGCCACUUCAUUUUUUGGUCCAGCCUUGGAGCGGUACUCAUCCUUUCAGGUCAACGGCAGUGAUGACAUUCGGCAAAUCCAGAGCCUGGAAAACGGCAUCCUUUUCCUCACCAAGAACAACCUCAAGUACAUGGCCCGAGGGGGGCUCAUUAUAUUUGACUAUUUGCUGGAUGAGUGUGAGGAUAUGCACAGUCUCCUGCUGACUGACAGCAGCACCCUGCUCAUUGGUGGGCUGCAGAGCCACAUACUGGAGAUCGACCUGAACACUGUCCAGGAGACUCAAAAGUAUGCAGUGGAGACACCCGGAGUCGCCAUCAUGAGGCAGACAAACCGAUUCUUCUUCUGUGGCCACACAUCUGGCAAGGUUUCCCUGCGAGACCUCCGUAGUUUUAAAGUGGAGCAUGAAUUUGAUGCCUUCUCAGGGAGUCUGUCAGAUUUUGAUGUUCAUGGUAACCUGCUGGCUGCCUGUGGCUUCUCUAGCCGCCUCACUGGCCUGGCCUGUGACCGUUUCCUCAAGGUGUAUGACUUACGCAUGAUGCGUGCCAUCACGCCACUUCAAGUACACGUGGAUCCUGCCUUUUUGCGUUUCAUCCCCACAUACACUUCCCGUCUUGCUAUCAUCUCCCAGUCGGGUCAGUGCCAGUUUUGUGAACCCACAGGCCUGGCCAACCCAGCCGACAUCUUCCAUGUGAAUCCCGUGGGACCCCUGCUGAUGACGUUUGAUGUGUCAGCCAGCAAGCAGGCCCUGGCCUUUGGGGACUCUGAGGGCUGUGUGCACCUCUGGACAGACUCCCCAGAGCCCACCUUCAACCCCUACUCCCGAGAGACUGAGUUUGCCCUGCCCUGUCUUGUGGACUCACUGCCGCCUCUGGACUGGAGCCAGGACCUGCUGCCCCUCUCCCUUAUUCCCGUCCCUCUCACCACUGACACGCUGCUCUCCGACUGGCCCGCUGCCAACUCCGCUCCCGCCCCCAGGCGAGCACCACCCGUGGACGCGGAGAUCCUUCGAACCAUGAAGAAGGUGGGCUUCAUUGGCUACGCACCUAACCCUCGCACCAGGCUGCGCAAUCAGAUUCCCUAUCGACUGAAGGAGUCGGACAGUGAAUUUGACAACUUCAGCCAAGUCACGGAGUCACCAAUAGGACGAGAAGAAGAGCCACAUCUCCACAUGGUUUCUAAGAAGUACCGAAAGGUAACCAUCAAAUACUCCAAGCUAGGGCUGGAAGACUUUGACUUCAAACACUACAAUAAGACACUGUUUGCUGGAUUAGAGCCCCACAUCCCCAACGCCUACUGUAACUGCAUGAUCCAGGUGCUCUAUUUCUUGGAGCCUGUUCGCUGUCUAAUCCAGAACCACCUUUGCCAGAAGGAGUUCUGCCUGGCAUGUGAGCUUGGCUUCCUCUUCCAUAUGCUGGACCUCUCCCGAGGUGAUCCUUGUCAGGGCAGUAAUUUCCUUCGAGCAUUCCGUACUAUUCCUGAGGCCUCAGCACUGGGCCUCAUCCUGGCCGAUUCAGAUGAGGCUUCAGGCAAGGGCAGUCUGGCCAGGCUCAUCCAGAGGUGGAAUCGCUUCAUUCUAACUCAGCUGCAUCAGGAUAUGCAGGAGCCGGAAGUACCCCAGGCUUAUCGAGCUGUUGGAGGCAGCAGUUUCUGCUCGUCGGGGGCCUCCGUCAUCGGGCAGCUCUUCAGCUGUGAGAUGGAGAACUGCAGCCUCUGCCGCUGUGGCAGUGAGACCGUGCGAGCCUCGUCCACUCUGCUCUUCACGCUCUCCUACCCUGAGGAUAAAACCGGGAAGAACUAUGACUUCGCUCAGGUGCUGAAGCGAAGCAUCUGCCUGGAGCAGAACACACAGGCCUGGUGUGACAACUGUGAGAAAUACCAGCCCACAAUUCAGACCCGCAAUAUCCGACAUCUGCCAGAUAUUCUUGUCAUUAAUUGUGAAGUGAAUAGCUCAAAAGAGGCUGAUUUCUGGAGAUUACAAGCUGAGGUUGCCUUCAAAAUAGCGGUAAAGAAAUUUGGUGGGGAAAUUAAGAACAAGGAGUUUACUUUGGCUGACAGGAAGGAACCAAGGAGUCCAGAGGGCUCGCUGUGCCCCUCCAUGGAGGAGCUGAAGAAUGUCUGGCUUCCGUUUUCCCUCCGCAUGAUGAUGACCAAGAGCAGAGGGCUGGACGUUUGCAGUUGGACUGAUGAGGAUGAGAUGCAGUGGGGUCCGGCCAGGGCAGAGGAGGAGCAUGGUGUCUAUGUGUAUGACCUGAUGGCCACUGUGGUACACAUCCUGGACUCACGAACAGGAGGCAGCUUGGUGGCUCACAUCAAAGUUGGCGAGACCUACCACCAGCGCAAGGAGGGCGUAACUCACCAGCAGUGGUAUCUUUUCAAUGACUUCCUUAUUGAACCUAUUGAUAAGUACGAAGCUGUGCAGUUCGACAUGAACUGGAAAGUACCGGCUAUCCUGUAUUACGUCAAAAGGAACCUCAAUUCCAGAUACAACCUCAACAUCAAGAACCCGAUUGAGGCCAAUGUGCUGCUGGCAGAAGCCUCACUGGCCCGGAAGCAGCGGAAAACACACACUACCUUCAUCCCCCUGAUGUUGAAUGAGAUGCCACAGGUCGGGGACCUGGUGGGCCUCGAUGCCGAGUUUGUCACUCUGAAUGAGGAAGAAGCAGAGUUACGCAGUGAUGGUACCAAGUCCACCAUUAAACCAAGCCAGAUGUCAGUAGCAAGGAUCACCUGUGUUCGGGGCCAAGGGCCUAAUGAGGGUAUCCCCUUCAUUGAUGACUACAUCUCUACUCAGGAGCAGGUAGUAGAUUACUUGACUCAGUACUCGGGGAUAAAGCCAGGAGACCUUGAUGCCAAAAUUUCCUCCAAGCACCUCACAACUCUCAAGUCUACCUACUUAAAGCUUCGUUUUCUCAUUGACAUUGGAGUGAAGUUUGUGGGUCACGGUCUGCAGAAGGACUUCCGGGUCAUCAACCUCAUGGUGCCCAAGGACCAAGUUCUCGACACAGUCUACCUGUUCCACAUGCCCCGAAAACGGAUGAUUUCCCUACGGUUUCUGGCCUGGUACUUUCUAGACCUGAAGAUUCAAGGCGAGACCCAUGACAGUAUUGAGGAUGCCCGUACAGCGCUUCAACUCUACCGGAAGUAUCUGGAGCUGAGCAAGAAUGGCACUGAGCCCGAGUCCUUCCACAAGGUGCUCAAGGGUCUUUAUGAGAAGGGCCGGAAGAUGGACUGGAAGGUGCCUGAGCCUGAAAACCAGACGAGUCCCAAGAACACGGCUGUCUUCCCCCCAGUGCUGGCACUGUGACCUGUGACCUGCCCUUGCCGUUCAUGUCCUGUGACCCCGACCUGAGAGACGACUUCUCCACCGGCUCUACCCUGUCUGCUUCCAGACCCGGAUCUGCUCAGGGCCUGCAGAUGGUGCUGUUCACAGAACUGGAAAGCAGCAAAGUUGUUGCAAAUGUUCUAGAAGCCAGAUCCCCUCUUUAUCCUCUGCAGACAGUGGGCCAGAAGUAAAGCCCAAACUGACCCAGGAGGGAAGUAAUUGGUUGUUUUAGUUUUUCGAGGCAGGGUUUCUCUGUAGCAAGCUGGAGCCUGUCCUAGAACUCGUUCUGUAGACCAGGCUGGCCUCGAACUCACAGAGAUCCGCCUGCCUCUGCCUCCUGAAAAGUGUGUGCCACCAGUAAUUGGUAUUCUUGAUAAACAUCCUGGGUGAUUGAUAUCUAAACAAAAAGCUCCUAAAGUCAGAACUCUCAGUUCCCAGCCAGCUAGAGAACUGAAGUCCUGGACAGUGAGGGUACAAGAGAUCCAGACAGCUCAAGCCCGGCUUGAGAGGUGGUAGCUGGACAGAUGGACCAGCAUGUCACACGGUGCAGAGGAAGCUGAGCCACGGCCUCACUCCUGAUGCCAGCUCACAAGUAUCUGUCUUCCAUACAUUCUAUCUUGAGUUGUGUUUUAUUUUUUUUAAUUUGCUUAAAACAGCAUGUUUUAUAAAAAUAAAAAUAUUUUUAUCUCAUUAGAAAA